CAAAUUCGCGGGUUUUUGGAUUAGCGUCUUCACGUCUUCAGUUCAGAUUUGACCUUUGAACAUAAUAGUUGAGACAACGCUGAGGUAGUUCUAUACUUUGCAUAAAGUUACUACAUUUUUUGAUUUUACGUUUAGAAUGGGUGAACUUCAUUAUUUUAACGUAGAAGAUAUUUUCGGCGAAUAUUCGUUUACGCGGAUGAACGGGCAACGCAUUAUACGGCGUGUAAAUCUCUUGCAAGACAUUGGAGCAGAUAAUCGAGGGCUGGAAAUAAUUGUUAAGAAUAUUCCGAGUGAAUGCAAUGAGAAGUUCUUGUUCGAAUUGUUUCAUUCAGCGGGAGUUAUUGUUGAAAUUAGGGUGAUGGUUAAACAUGACGAACAAUGUAAGGGAAUAGCUUUUGUGAAGUACCUUACCCCAAAAAUGUGUGAAGUUGCAGUAGCACUUCUGAACGGGUACAAAAUAGGAGGCGGGAGAAGUCUUAUAGUAGAAAAAUCUCUUGAGUUCAACGAACUGGAAUUCGCGGGGAUUCCACCCUCAGUUUCGCUUCGAUGCUUGGAAACGUUUUUCUUUAGCAAAUUUAAAGACGUGAGUGAAAUAAAGGUUUUGAACAAAAAUGAGGAACAGCAAAAAGUUGGCGUUGCAUUUAAAUGCCAUCGCGCUGCUGCUUUAGCAAGGCGACAAUUCUGUUCACAGAAACAAGUCUAUUGGAAGUCUCUCAUCACAGUAGAGUGGCCUGAAUCGACAAAAAAAACGAUGAAGAGGGAUGAUAGGGGAUCAUCUGAUCGUAAUGAGGAGCCACAUCUGAACCUGAAUGUCUGGGAGAACAUUGAGUUCUCAAUGAAAACAAAUUGA